CAAACACUUCGGAGUCAACUUGGAAAACCAGCGCUGUUUCUUGAAUUCUAAAGUAUUUUUACUCUUUUUGAACGAUAAACGACCACAAAAUAAUAGGAUAAAUAGAAUAUUAUGUGAGUUUUGGAUAAAGAUCAAGUUUAUCAUGCUCGGCACGAACCAUGUUAGCGCGAGGCUUGCAUAAUAUUCUCUAUUUUAUGUUAUUGUCAGUUUAAAUGAAGGAACGAACCUGUACACAACGUCUUAUUACUUACAAAGUCUUUAUAUUUUGGUGCCGUGAUUAUUACACUAGAAGUACGAUGAAUUUACAGAAGUUACGAUCAAAUAGAGGAGGUACUAAACGCACAAUCGAUAUUUUGCUGGAAAAAAUUGAAGAAAAGAAAUAAAAUGGAACAUUGAUAGAAAUCAACUCACUUAUGCAAAUGUUGGAGACAAAAGUGGAAAUGCUAGAGACACUUAACGAAACAAUCUUAUCAAACACGGAAACUGAAGGAAUCGAAGAUGAAAUUGUGGAAACAGAAAUUUACAUGAUGGAUUUACGCAUGAAAUUAGACACACUUAUCGCCGAGCGUGAUCAACGGGAUACGUGCAUAGGGAGUCAGCAGCCGACAUUUCAUCCCAUGGAUACGUAGCGUGGUCGAAGGGAUACGGGUGUAGGAGGUCAACAGACGACAUUUCAUCCCUUAGCACAGCGUGAUCAACUUAAUACGAGCGUAGGUAGUCAGCAGCCGACAUUUCAUCCCAUGGAUACGCAGCGUGGUCGAGGGGAUACGGGUGUAGGAGGUCAACAGACUGACAUUUCAUCCCUUAGCACAGCGUGAUCAACGGGAUACAAGCAUAGGGAGUCAGCAGCCGACAUUUCAUCCCAUGGAUACGCAGCGUGGUCAAGGGGAUACGGGUUUAGGAGGUCAACAGACAAUAUUUCAUCCCUUAGUACAGCGUGAUCAAGCGGAUACGAGGUUGGACAUUCAGCAGACGACAUUUCAUCCCGACGAUACUCCACUUACACUGGAGAACAGAAAUAAACAUGCGUUACAUAAUCCAGUCGAUGCAAUUCAUCUGACAGCCGUGCAGCAUGAGAGGGCGCCUUGCAGCUUCAAGUUCCGGAGGGAAGGAUACAACGGCUCCCGGGCGGCACACGAUAGACGGUCCCCGUAUCCGUACGAAGAGUUCCUCGACCGGACAAGGUCGGAGUUCCGACAAUUAAACCAACACAACUCUCACGUAAACAUCGCCGUAAACAUCGCAACUGAAUUCCCUUUCGUAAGCGGCCUUUCGAACAGAGUCUGCGUACCGGCCGCCCACCUGCAGCCACAUCCUUCACAUUCAGUUUACCGGAACAUUUUCUCACACAAAGGUCGCCACGCAAACGUUGACCUUGCGAUUCCCUUGUGGCCUAAUUAUGGCGGACGCCCAGAACGCCCGGAACCGCCAUAUCCUUGCAGCGCCGACGGCGACCACGAGCGGCCGCGCAGCUCCGGCGAUCGGACGGACGGCGGAUUGGAAACUAAGACGAUCUCAGUCCCGAUCGCCGUCGCCGCGGAGUUUUCAGGGAGCAAGCCCCAGUCACGUGACACGAGCAUGCCUGAUUUCAGCUCCUCGUCCGACUCCAAGCACUCGUCCGGCUCCGAGAGCGAAGAUCAUAAGCCGAACAUGUUGUCCAAAAAGUCACGUGGCGAUAGUCCGACGGUCAGCUCUACGGUGACCGCUUCUCACCAAGAUUCCCGCCGGUCACCGCCUGCGCAGCGUUAGCCGUACCACCACCCGAGCGCCGGAGCCACGCCCGUUGGCUUCGGCUUCCAGAACACCACGUGCGCGGAUGUCAACAUAAACAUGUGCCCUAAUGCACAGAGAACACCGUUGGAGCAGACGUACGAGGCGGCCGCCUAGUCGCUUUUCAUGUACGUGGAAUGGACACACAACCAGGCCAAUCGUAAAACUCUAUUCGUUAGAUGUGCUAUAUGGAAGCGAAACCGAGAGAAACUAGUGAUGAACAUUGUGAUUAAACAUGUGAGUAACAGCGCGAUAAACAGUUUAUAAACAAUGUGAUUGUUACAAAUGUGAUACAAAGUGAACUUUCAAAGACAGUGCAAUCUAUUCUGGGGUUUAGGUGAUAAAUCGAUACUUUGACAGUAAUUGAGAUAAUUAUUUUGACUAAUAAUUUGUUCUUCAUGUAUUUUUGUUGGAUUAACAUUUUGAUCAGACCCAUUUAUAUAUGUUGCUUAAUCAUUUUGAGGCCCCCAGUAUGUCGCGGUUUUGGCGCGUUAACGUAACGCCGCCGUAACGCCGCGCCAAUUUAUGUAACGUUGUUUUAUAAGUAACGUCAUAUCAUAUUAUUAUGUUAUUGUCAGUUUAAAUAAAGUAACG